AUGACGGCAGACGCAAGCCUCAAGCACCAGGUUGAAAUGGCAGAAAACGCGGAGAAGGGCGAGGCUCGCCAGCACCAAGAUAUGCUAUCUGACAGCAGCGCUGCUUUGGAGUAUUCCGAGCGCGAGAAAGCACUGAUUUGGAAGCAGGACCUUCGGGUCGUUCCGUUGGCCGCGUUUAUUUAUUUGCUCUGCUAUCUUGAUCGAUCAAAUAUUGGUAAUGCCAAAACUUUGAAUGCAAAUACUCAUAACGACUUGGUCUCCGAGACCGGUGUUACUUCAUACCAGUAUACUAUUGCUCUUAUGGUCUUUCUGAUCGCAUACGCACUCUUUGAGGUUCCCUCAAACUAUCUACUCAAGAAACUAAGGCCAAGCCGAUGGAUUGCCUUUUUGAUGUUCUCUUGGGGUGCAAUCACCAUGGGCCUCGGUGCCGUUCAUAAUUAUGGCGAGCUCACAGGAGUCCGAUUUCUACUCGGUACUGUAGAAGCAGGCCUUUUCCCCGGCCUGGUUUACUACCUGACCUUCUGGUACCGUGUGUCAGAGCGAUCGCUGCGGGUAGCCUUGAUCCUAGCCUCGGCCACCCUAGCAGGCGCCUUUGGUGGUGCAAUUGCUUAUGGCGUGGGACAGAUGAAUGGUGCCCAUGGUAUCUCUGCGUGGAGGUGGCUCUUUAUCAUUGAAGGGGCGCCCUCUUGUGCAUCUGCAGUCCUUGUCUGGUUCUUCUUGCCAGACUAUCCAGAGACAGCGCACUGGCUCUCGGCUGAGGAGAAGGAACUUGCGAAGGAACGACUUGCCCUCGAAGGCUCGCAUGGAGAGGCGAGUGGGCUGACGUGGGAGGAGGCGAAGAAGACCCUGGUUGAUUGGCGACUUUAUGCCCACUACGUGAUUUACUUCGGUAUCUCGACGCCCUUCUCGAGUCUGUCUCUGUUCACCCCAUCGAUUACGGCCGGUCUUGGGUUCUCGAAUCUGCGCGCACAGCUCAUGACGGUUCCCCCUUAUGCAACCGCAUAUGUGGUGACUAUUGCUGUGGCAUGGUCUGCCGACCAUUUCAAUGCUCGCGGCUUGCAUUCCACCUUAUUUGCACUGGUAGGCGCAAUCGGCUUCCUCGCAUCCGCUCUCUUACCGGCCGAGUCUUAUGCUCAACGCUAUGGCUGUCUGAUCGUGGCAGCCAGCGGCAGCUUUGCCUGCAUUCCGCCUCUGCUCGGUUGGCUAUCGUCAAACCUGCAUUCGACAGCCGCUGCUGGACUUGCUAUCGCACUAAACAUAUCUUUUGGUGCACCUGGUCAGAUUGUCGGGGUCUGGAUCUAUAAGGCCAACGAGAAGGAAAAGGGAUAUCCAACGGGCCAUUGGACGAAUGCUGCGCUGUUGUUUUUCGUCGCAGUCGGGUGUGUUUUGCUGAGGAUCUAUUAUGGGCUGUUGAACCGACGGGGUGCAACGGUCAAGCCAUAUUCAUAUUAA